AUGAUUACAUUGGUAGCUCUAUUGUUUGUCUUUUCUGUGUGUCAAACACAAGGCAGUGAGCCGUACGUUCUCUUCGGGCCAUUGAAUCCAUACAAGAAUGGAUUGAAUUCAUAUUACUGCGAAAGCCUGGGCUUGAUAUCGGCGUCGUUUCCGGAUUAUGCGACUCUCAAGGAGCAAAUGAGUAAGUCUUGUGGCUAAAAAAUUGCGGCUAUUGGUUUUGCAAACGUUCCGCAGCAGAACGGUAGGCCUGUCAGCGUUACAAGAUGAUUUUUUAGGCCUAUCAGAUGCAAGAACAUUAACAAAGACACUUUUCAGACGAACAAGCAAAGAAAUUUAAGGGCAUAGGGAUUGCCCUAAUAACAGUCGUUGACAAAAAUAGCAAAGUAAAUCGAUUUUGGUGGAAUAAUGACCCAUAUAACAAAGCAGAGUUUGAUAGCAAGAUAACUGGCGCCGACACGCCGGGUAUAUAUUACCAUUACGUAGACCUUGCGAAUGAUCCAGUCAUUAAAAAUGCAAAAAUGGGCGAGGAAGUCUACGGUACCGUGACUGGUACGAUUUGUCUUUUUUCAAAUCACACACAGCCCCAGACACCGAAGUGGAAGGUAUGUUUAUGGCGUCGCGACACUUGCAAGCAACCCUUUGCGGGCAGCCGACAUUUUUUGAUUAAAAUUACGAUUUCCCUCCCGUAAUCUACGUAGUACGAUAGAAAUUUUACAUUGACAACUCCCUGGUACUAAUCAGUACACAAAUCUAUUAAAUUCAUCCACUGCUUUCAAAGUUAUGGAAGUUUGUUUUCAAAUAAUAGUAAAAAAUGCCUGGAUAAGCUUAUGAUAACUAUUCAAGCCACUUAUAUACCUGGAAACUUAAUCCGAAACAUCUAAUCGUCAAGCCCAUCGUUUGAAUUUCUAGUUGCAAGCCAACUUUGGCUGAUUUCAAAACAUGUCCGCAGAAUCUCCGUGGUUUUUCAAGCUUCCCGCAAAGUGGUUGACCGCAAGUGUGGGCCCGCCAUGUUUAGAAACGCUUCUUAUUUAUUAUGUAUCAGUCUCUCGGAAAAAUAGUGAACACUCUGUCGCAUCGCCGCCGAGAAAGUGAAUUGCGUAGCGGCAAAAUCAAAUGGCUUUUAAGAUUGGGCAGCGACAUUGCGCUCACUAUUUUGCCGACAGACUGAUACUACACCUGUUAUUUUUAUUGUUGUAAUACCUACGGCGUUGUUCUGGCACAAAAACCUUUUUCAAGCCUUCAAAGGAGGUGUCCCAAGUCCCGCAUUUCGAGCGCUUUCCAGUGAUUUAACCUAUUCUUCUGAGUUCUCGUUGAAAUAACCGAUUCAAUUAUACUGCUCAGUAAUCUUCAGAUUGACGAGAAAGAUUUGUCAACCGUAACAGGCCUGGACCAAGUGUGCGAUAAAAACGACGCAAUUGUUCCAAACCUGCGGACGUUGCAACUUCUUUUUCGUAAGGUUGCAUCGAAAUCUUAAGCCUUUUUACGUUCUCGUAAAAAAAAAAUAUAUUUUCAGAGAAAGCCGAAAAAGAUAACGGAAAAGAAGUCGCAAAAAUCUUUCUUCCUUUAAAGUAUGAUGGCAGCGUCACCACAUGGAAAAACGGAAGUUCUGUGGAAGACGGCUUGUUAAGUAUUAUCACACCGCCGACAGGAACAACUGUGGCCUUUACAGCAGAGUUUAGCCCUGCAGGCAAUACAUUGUCAAUAACAACAGGGCCGUACGGUGGUGGUACUCAAGGUGAGAAGGCCUAUGUGUUAUGCACCGAGUCAUGA